AUGGUCAAAACCGAGCCUUUCCUUCCAUCGCCCCCCUCCGAGACUGUCUCGGCUGUCCCUCUCGACUCUCCGAUCCGAACAACCCCAAUCCACCCCGAUCUCCCGGAGGUCCAGCUGCCGGGUGAACCACUUCCGAUUUACCAGUAUCAUCCGGUCACUUGUCAACCACUAGAAGAGCAAGAUAUUCGCACGGAGAUCGAGCAGUUGCGUCAGGAAUUCCCGACCAAAGAAACAGCUCUGAGAGCCCAGGAACUGGCCGCGAAAGAAGCGAGGAGGAAAAUUGAAGAGGCCGAGAAGAAGAAGGAACAAGUUCAAAAGGCCAUGGACAAAAAGGUCAAGGAGCGGGAUAUCGAGAUGAAGGUGGUCUCCAAGUACCAAGAGGUUAAAGCAUCGGAGAUCCCGUCUUGA